CAGAUGAGAACUACCAAACCAGUCACGCAAUGCUAUUAUCACCCGCCACGCUCAGACCCAUCGGGACCCUUCAUUACUUCCCGUGCCAGUGAGUCACAUAACACACACGAACUGAUCCAAAUGCGUGAAAAGAAGUUGAAGAAAAACAUAAAUACUAGCAGACUUGAGAGACAGGAGGUGGCACGUUGAACUGGGACACAAACAGUGGGGACCUUGUAUCAGAGAGCGUCUGAGCGAGAGAGAGGCAGGGAGCGGGUGAGGUUUGUGUACCAACUUCGCCACUGACGUGAGUGUGUGUUUGGAGAGUGGUGGUGGUGUGCCAGCGGGGACGAACUCAGCUGGAAGACAACAUAGGUUUCUCUACCUGCGCAGUUCAUCUUAGUGUGGGGAGGAUUACACAGAUAGACCUUGAGCAGCGCUACAAAAGAAUCGCCACACGAGUUGAAGCCGCCGAGGACGCUGCAGGGCUGCAAGGUCGAGGAAUUUGCUACUUGAGAUAAUUACCAAGGUUACUGAAAAAGACAGGUGUGGAGCAGUUGCAACCUUUACGGCGUCUCUGUGGCUUUUACUGCGUGUGUUGGUCGGUGGUUUGACUCAGCAUUCUAAUCCAUAAUGAUCCUGGACCCCGAUGACUAUUAUGGAACUACCGACGAAAACAAGGAAGCGGAAACUGGACUUCUUCACGAAGAGCCUGAUGAAGAAUGGGGUUUUGAGAGAGAGAAAGCCCCUCGUCGCCAGUACCUGUAUGCGGAGAACCGCAGGACGGAAUAUGAACACCGAGAUGUGGUGAUCAAAACUUACAAGUCAAGAUUUUGGAUACUUUUCCUAGCUGCAUUUCUGUGCUGGAUUCACACAUUACAAUGGAGCAUGUGGGGGCCCAUCAGUGAAAGCAUGAAUGCUGCCUUCCCGGGCUGGGAUCCCUCCACCGUGGCUCUCAUGGUCAACUGGGGCACCAUCAUGUACAUGCUGUGUGUGGUGCCGCUGUGCUGGGGAAUGCAGCGAUACGGGCUGCGGGCGGGCGUGCUCACCAGCGCCACCUUCAUGGCCAUUGGCACCGGCAUCCGCUGCUUCACCAGGCAAACUCCCACCUUCACCAUUUUGGCCCACAUUUGUGCAAUAUUGGUUGGCGGCGCCAGCGCUCUUGCCCUCACAACUCCAAUGGUCAUCGCCAACGACUGGUUCCCUCAAAGUGAAAGAACAACAGCAACUGCAAUAAUCCUUGGUCUCAGUCAACUGGGUUCACUCGGCAGCUACCUGGAGCCAACAUUUGUUCGCCUCCCUGGCCCUGGAGUUACGAAGGACGACAUUCAGCAGGAUGUGAUGCACCUUUUGUAUGCAGGAGCCAUCAUGUCGGCAGUGUUACUAUUGGCUUUCCUGGUUUAUUAUCCUUCCAAGCCACCAAAGCCUCCUUCCUUAUCGUCCACAACGGAGAGAGUUGAAUUCAUCCCAGGUCUGGCAUCUGUUAUCAGAAACAAGAAGCUUCUCCUUAUGGUGGCCAUAUACGGUAUAUUUGUGGGUCCACCAAUUGCUUGGACCACUGUGCUAAACUUCUCUGUUCUGCCACUUGGAUUUCAUCAGGACAAGGCAAUGUGGAUGGGAGUUACUGCUGUGAUAGUGUCCGGCUUGGCGCCAAUCGUUGCAGGGCGCUUCAAUGACCUGCUGCAGGGCCACAUAAAGACCCUGCUGAUCACCCUCAUGCUGGGCACCACGGCCUUCUCAUAUUGGUUUCUCCUGCUGUCAUAUGGCAUCUUGGAAGUGACCGAGUGGCAAGUAUAUGUCUCUGUUAUUGGUAUCUGUGCUUGCAAUUACGCUGCCAUGCCUCUGUUCUUCGAAGUGGCAGUGGACAUUGCCUUCCCAAUCUCUGACAUCCUGGUGAUGGGAGUGAUGACAGCUGCUGACUGCCUUGCCAGUACCAUCUUCCUCACUGCCUACAGCAUUCCCAACGCCGGAUAUCAAUGGAUUACCUACACACUGACCUUCACAUCUGGCAUUGGCAUCAUUCCUCUGCUGUUCCUCAAGUUUGACAGCACCAGGGCUCUUAUUGACAACCAAAUAAACUCUGCACAUCAUAUAUAAAUUACAUCUGUUAGUUUUUUUAUUUCAUUUUUUUUCUUACUGCAUUCACUUUUAUAAUUUCAGAUUCGUCUGUAAGAAAUAAAAGUCAACCAUAUA